CUUGAAGAAGUUGUUGAAUGAAGCCCCCAAUGGGUCCAGCUGUUUAUGUAAGAGAGAGAGAGAGAGAUUGGAGAUUUCACGUUUUGUAGCUCUUAAGGUGCAAGAACUCAUUUUCAUCUCUUUGUUUCUUUUUUGUUGUUUCUUUGUUUGCAUUUGUAGAGGUUAGAAACGAUAUUAUCAACAACGAAACGGCCAAACCUGUUUGAGUUUUGACUCUUGAACCUCUCUCUCUCUCUCUCUCUCAACUCUCAAUUGCCUUUCUCGAUCUGGGUCUCAACAAGCGUCUCUCUCUGACCUCUAAUUUUCCCUCUAUGAAUCUCUGCUUCUAAACCAUGGAAGACCAACGACAAUCAUCAAAUGCUCCUACUGGGUUUAGAGUUCAUGCUCCACUUGUUGAUUCUGUAUCAUGUUAUUGCAAAGUGGAUUCUGGACUAAAAACAGUUGCUGAGGCACGGAAGUUUGUUCCUGGAUCAAAACUUUGCCUCCAGCCUGACAUAAAUCCUAAUGCACACAAGAGUAAAAAUUUGCGGAGGGAGAGGACGCGAGUGCAGUUACCGCUCCUGCCUGGCCUUCCUGAUGAUCUUGCUAUUGCAUGUCUGAUUCGAGUUCCCCGAGCUGAACAUCGAAAACUCCGUCUAGUUUGUAAGAGAUGGUACCGCCUACUGGCUGGAAAUUUCUUCUAUUCUCUUAGGAAAAGUCUAGGAAUGGCCGAGGAGUGGGUUUAUGUCAUCAAGCGGGAUCGUGAUGGAAAGAUAUCAUGGAAUGCUUUUGAUCCUGUCUAUCAGCUCUGGCAGCCACUUCCACCUGUUCCCCGGGAAUAUUCUGAAGCCCUUGGUUUUGGGUGUGCUGUUCUAAGUGGUUGCCACCUAUACUUAUUUGGAGGGAAAGAUCCACUCAGGGGGUCCAUGAGACGGGUCAUUUUCUACAGUGCUCGGACAAACAAAUGGCAUAGGGCACCAGACAUGCUUCGGAAACGUCAUUUCUUUGGCUCAUGUGUUAUAAAUAAUUGCCUAUAUGUAGCUGGUGGAGAGUGUGAAGGAAUCCAAAGGACCCUCCGCUCAGCUGAAGUUUAUGACCCUAACAAAAACAGGUGGAGCUUUAUCUCAGAUAUGAGCACAGCUAUGGUGCCAUUUAUCGGUGUAGUUUAUGAUGGAAAGUGGUUUCUAAAAGGCCUUGGGUCCCAUCGUGAGGUCAUGAGUGAAGCCUAUGAACCUGAAACUAAUAGCUGGACUCCUGUUAGUGAAGGGAUGGUUUCUGGUUGGCGUAAUCCUAGCAUCUCUUUAAAUGGACGGCUCUAUGCUUUGGAUUGCAAGGAUGGCUGCAAGCUUAGAGUUUAUGAUGGAGCCACAGAUUCAUGGAACAAAUUUAUAGAUAGUAAGCUCCAUUUGGGGAACUCUCAUGCUUUGGAGGCUGCAGCUCUUGUUCCCCUCAAUGGGAAGCUUUGCAUUGUGCGUAACAACAUGAGCAUUAGUCUUGUUGAUGUUUCCAGUCCUGACAAACAUGUAGAGAGUAACCCUCACCUUUGGGAGAACAUAGCUGGAAGAGGUCAUUUUAGGACUCUUGUAACAAAUAUAUGGUCAAGUAUUUCUGGUCGAGGUGGUUUGAAAAGUCACAUUGUCCACUGCCAGGUGCUUCAAGCAUGAGAACCAGAACGAUUUUGCCCUUGCUUGCUCUAACGAUCCUGCAUUUUAGUGAAUUUGUUAUGAUAUGUCAUCACAUUUGCACUGAUACUAGGGUCUGCUCUUCCCAAACCACAAGUGUGAGUUUACUGUAUUGAUGUUCUGCUGUUUAUAUUUUUUUGUUGAUGUUGAAUCCACGUUUAUCUGCCCUGGGAUUGGGUUUGAUGUUCACACAACAUAUUUUGAAGCUUGAAGAAAUGAAAUGAUGAUUUUGCUUGUGGGUGAAUUUGAAAUUCAAGGAAGAAUAUGGAUGGAUGGAGGAAUCUUUGUCCAAUUACAGAUUGAAACAGGAUGGUGGUAAUGCUUUACCUGCUACACCUGCAGCUGCAAGGCAAGGGCGAGUCCCUGUUGAUUUUGGUAAUAGAUGAGGUCAUUUCGUUAUCUAUGAACAGAGAUCAGAUACUUGUAAAUUUUGGUUAUUUGGUCCAGAUGAGGUCAUUAAUAUUAUAUCAAGGUUUUUUUUUUGUCGAAUCUUUUCUUGGUAGUAUGUAAUCUCUUGUUUAAAAUGCUUUGUGUAUGUAAAUGAGUCGAUGUAUACUUAGAUUACAUCUCUGUUGCUAUAAAUCAACUGUUUAAUCCA